GUCCACCCAACGAGAGCGCCUCUCGCGCUCAGCUGAUACAGGGUUUAUUAUUUGUGCGCGGGUCAAUACAUACUGUUGCAAAACAGAAAACUGGUAAACGAUAAGCAUGUUCACUUAUUUGAUAGCAUAUUACAGUGUCUUUAUAUUGUAAACUUGUCUCGAAAUAGACUAAAGGUGUUUACUUGUAGUCUUCAUCAUGCUUCAAUUGUCCAUGUGACAUGAUCUUGUCAAAAUGUUUUCGAACGAGGGAACAUUUAACCAAAUACUGUAUUUUCUCUGCCAGUUUGUCUCCCGACACCGACAACUCACCUGCAGUUUGCCAUGGCCACGCGCAUACGACCGGUGAGUGCGCGGCAGUUUGUAGAAAAUAUCAAAUUCUGAGCUAUAUGCCACAUGUUCAGCGGUGUAUUUGUUCUUCUCAUAUGUCUUGUGGUUGUCGGUGUUUCAUUUCAUUGUAUCAUAGUGUUUAUUUUGUUGUCUCUUUACUGAAUGUUGUGCCUCUAUCCCUCUACAGAGCAGUAAGCGGUGUGCAGUGAUAGGAGGCUCUGGGUUCCUGGGUAGACACCUGGUAGAGAAGCUAUUGGAUAAGGGCUACACUGUCUCCGUGUUUGACAUCAGACAGAGCUACGAACUACCUGGAGUCACCUUCCACCAGGGAGACCUCUGUGACAAACAGGUGAGUCUGUCUGUCUAUGAAGAGUCUGUGCACUGAGCCGUUUGGGGCCUGCUAUAUGACCUAGUUAUGGUCUAUGGCCUUUGAACUGUGGUGUGUCUUCGUGUUUGCUUUUGUGUGCGUUCUAUGUGUGUCUGCAUCUGAACAUCAUUGUGUGUAUGUGUACCUAUCCCAGGCUCUCCUAACAGCCCUCCAAGAUGUCUCCCUGGUGUUCCACUGUGCCUCUCCAGCCCCAGCCAGUGAUGACAAGGCUUUGUUCCAGAGAGUCAACAUCCAAGGGACACAGACUGUCCUACAGGCCUGCACUGAGGCUGGAGUACAGGUAGGGGGCAGUAUAGAGUUGUUAUUGGACAGACAGGUGUGUCAUACAAGAUAUUACAAUAAAGACUGACUCAAUUCAAUGAAAGAAAUGCUCUGUUAAAAUACUUGGACAUUCUCCCUUCUUUGAUGUAAUUACUGAUCUAGUAAAUAGAUAGUCGGUAUAGGGGACUAACAGUUAAGGUGAUAUAAUUACUGAUCGUCAGUUCUGUCUGUCUACUGUAGAAAGUGGUACUGACCAGCAGUGCCAGUGUGGUGUUUGAAGGAACAGACAUCAAGGAUGGGAGAGAAGACCUUCCCUAUGCCAAGAAGCCCAUCGACUACUACACAGAGACCAAGAUAGAACAGGAGAAGGUGAGGACACCACUACACAGAGACCAAGAUAGAACAGGAGAAGGUGAGGACACUACUACACAGAGACCAAGAUAGAACAGGAGAAGGUGAGGACACCACUACACAGAGACCAAGAUAGAACAGGAGAAGGUGAGGACACUACUACACAGAGACCAAGAUAGAACAGGAGAAGGUGAGGACACCACUACACAGAGACCAAGAUAGAACAGGAGAAGGUGAGGACACCACUACACAGAGACCAAGAUAGAACAGGAGAAGGUGAGGACACUACUACACAGAGACCAAGAUAGAACAGCAGAAGGUGAGGACACCACUACACAGAGACCAAGAUAGAACAGGAGAAGGUGAGGACACUACUACACAGAGACCAAGAUAGAACAGGAGAAGGUGAGCACACCACUACACAGAGACCAAGGUAGAACAGGAGAAGGUGAGGACACCACUACACAGAGACCAAUAUAAAACAGGAGAAGCUUGUUUAUUUUGUAGAAGAGCCUUAUCUGUAGAAUAGCCUUAUCAUAGUUAUGUUAAUGGUACCAGAGCAUUGCUAGGGGAGAGAACUUGCCUACACAUGAAGACAUUGAUGCUGGCUACAUACCUACAUGUUACAUACAUUCUACAAACUCCACAUCUGCUCCACAUGAAAUAAUUAAUGUUAUCCUUUUUCUCCAUCUUGUCUCUCUGUGGUGUCUCAGCUGGUUCUGAAGGCCUGUGACAAAGAGAAGGGUCUCCUGACGGUGGCCAUCCGACCUCACGGUAUCUUCGGCCCCCGGGACCCCCAGCUGGUGCCUAUCCUGGUCGACACGGCACGCAGGGGCAAGAUGAAGUUCAUCAUCGGGUCAGUCAGUCAUACACAGAACUGGAAUGAAACAUCGACUCUUCCCUAGACAUAGUGGGAUCAACCAAAGUUAAUGUUUUAAGGAUAUGGGGCUGUCCUAGUUGAUAUUGUCUCUCUGUCUACCUCUUUCUGUUCUCUCUCUCUCUCUCGCUGUCUCGCUGUCUCGCUGUCUCUCUUUCUCGCUGUCUCUCUUUCUCGCUGUCUCUCUUUCUCUCUCUCUCUCUCUCUCUCUCGCUGUCUCUCUGUCUCUCUGUCUCUCUCUCUCGCUGUCUCUCUUUCUCUCUGUCUCUGUAGUGAUGGUUCUAACCUGGUGGAUUUCACCUUUGUGGACAAUGUGGUUCAUGGACACAUCCUGGCAGCUGAGAGUCUGAGGCCAGAGUCUCCUAUCUGUGGCAAGGUAGGAACCCUCUAUAUGGUCUAGCUCAUACGGUAGACCUGCUUGCUCUGUACGACUGUAUGAUGAUGAUGAUGAUGACCAAUGGGGUCAACUGUUCCGUGUUCGAAGAAAGAGAUGCCUUUCGAACUCACACAAUAUUUGUUGGGUUCAAACUAACCUCGUCCCAUGCUCAAUUACUACCGGUGCCCCCGCACAUUGACUCUGUACCGGUAACCCCUGUAUAUAGCCUUGCUAUUGUUAUUUUAUGCAAAUAGUCCGGGUAGCCAUGAUUAGCUGUUCAGGAGUCUUGUGGCUUAGGGGUAGAAGCUGUUAAGAAGCCUUUUGGACCUAGAAUUGGCGCUCCGGUACCGCUUGCCGUGCGGUAGCAGAGAGAACAGUCUAGGAAGCUUGGCCCCAGUGAUGUACUGGGCCGUACGCACUACCCUCUGUAGUGCCUUGGGGUCGGAGGCCGAGCAGUUGCCAUACCAGGCAGUGAUACAACCAGUCAGGAUGCUCUCGAUGGUUCAGCUGUAUAACUUUUUGAGGAUCUGAGGACCCAUGCCAAAUCUUUUCAGUCUCCUGAGGGGGAAUAGGCUUUGUCGUGCCCUCUUCACGACUGUUUGGACCAUGAUAGUUUGUUGGUGAUGUGGACACCAAGGAACUUGAAGCUCUCAACCUGUUCCACUACAGCCCCGUCGAUGAGAAUGGGGGCGUGCUCAGUCCUCUUUUUUUUUUUCCUGUAGUCCACAAUCAUCUCCUUUGUCUUGAUCACGUUGAGGGAGAGAUUGUUGUCCUGGCACCACACGGCCAGGUCUAUGACCUCCUCCCUAUAGGUUGUCUCAUCGUUUUCGGUGAUCAGGCCUACCACUGUUGUGUCAUCUGCAAACUUAAUGAUGGUGUUGGAGUCGUGCCUGGCCAUGCAGUCAUGGGUGAACAGAGAGUACAGGAGGGGACUGAGCACGCACCCCUGAGGGGCCCCCGUGUUGAGGAGCGUGGCAGAUGUGUUGUUACCUACCCUUACCACCUGGCGGCCCGUCAAGAAGUCCAGGAUCCAGAUGCAGAGGGAGGUGUUUAGUCCCAGGGUCCUUAGCUUAGUGAUGAGCUUUGAGGGCACUAUGGUGUUGAACGCUGAGUUGUAGUCAAUGAAUAGCAUUCUCACAUAGGUAUUCCUCUUGUCAAGGUGGGAAAGGGCAGUGUGGCGUGCAAUAGAGAUUGCAUCAUCUGUGGAUCUGUUGGGCGGUAUGCAAAUUAAGUGGGUCUAGGAUUUCUGGGAUAAUGGUGUUGAUGUGAGCCAUGACCAGCCUUUCAAAGCACUUCAUGGCUAUAGAUGUGAGUGCUACGGGUCGGUAGUCAUUUAGGCAGGUUACCUUAGAGUUAUUUGGCACAGGGACUAUGGUGGUCUGCUUGAAACAUGUUGGUUUUACAGACUCAGUCAGGGACAUGUUGAAAAUGUCAGUGAAGACACUGCCAGUUGGUCAGCACAUGCUCGGAGUACACGUCCUGGUAAUCCGUCUGGCCCUGCGGCCUUGUGAAUGUUGACCUGCUUAAAAGUCUUACUCACAUCGGCUACGGAGAGUGUGAUCACAUAGUCAUCCGGAACAGCUGAUGCUGUCAUGCAUGCUUCAGUGUUGCUUGCCUCGAAGCAAGCAUAGAAGUGAUUUAGCUCGUCUGGUAGGCUUGUGUCACUGGGCAGCUCGCAGCUGUGCUUCCCUUUGUAGUCUUUAAUAGUUUUCAAGCCCUGCCACAUCCGACGAGCGUCAGAGCCGGCGUAGUACGAUUCAAUCUUAGUCCUGUAUUGACUCUUUGCCUGUCUGAUGGUUCGUCGGAGGGCAUAGCGUCCGGGUUAGAGUCCCGCUCCUUGAAAGCGGCAGCUCUACCCUUUAGCUCAGUGCGGAUGUUGCCUGUAAUCCAUGGCUUCUGGUUGGGGUAUGUACGUACGGUCACUGUGGGGACUAAGGCAUCAAUGCACUUAUAGAUGAAGCCAUUGACUGAUGUGGUGUACUCCUCAAUGCUAUCUGAAGAAUCCCGGAACAUGUUCCAGUCUGUGCUAGCAAAACAGUCCUGUAGCUUAGCAUCUGCGUCAUCUGACCACUUCCUUAUUAACUGAGUCACUGGUGCUUCCUGCUUUAGUUUUUGCUUAUAAGCAGGAAUCAGGAGGAUAGAGUUAUGGUCAGAUUUGCCAAAUGGAGGGCGAGGGAGAGCUUUGUACGUCUCUGUGUGUGGAGUAAAGGUGGUCUAGAGUUUUUUUCCCUCUGGUUGCACAUUUAACAUGCUGGUAGAAAUUAGGUAGAACGGAUUUAAGUUUCCCUACAUUAAAGUCCCCGGCCACUAGGAGCGCUGCCUCUGGAUGAGCGUUUUCCUGUUUAGUUGUGGCCUUAUACAGCUCAUUGAGUGAAAUCUUAGUGCCAGCAUCGGUUUGUGGUGGUAAAUAGACAGCUACGAAAAAUAUAGAUGAAAACUCUCUUGGUAAAUAGUGUGGUCUACAGCUUAUCAUGAGAUACUCUACCUCAGGCGAGCAAAACCUUGAGACCUCCUUAGUAUUAGAUUGUGUGCACCAGCUGUUGUUUACAAACAUACACAGACCGCCACCCCUUGUCUUACCGGAGUCAGCCGUUCUAUCCUGCCGAUGUAGCGUAUAGCCCGCUAGCUGUAUGUUAUCCAUGUCGUCGUUCAGCCACUACUCGGUGAAGCAUAAGAUAUUACAGUUUUUAAUGUCCCGUUGGUAGGAUAACCGUAAUCUUAGGUCAUCCAAUUUAUUUUCAAAUGAUUGAACAUUGGUUAAUAGGAUUGAUGGGAGCGGCAGUUUACUCACUCGCCGUCGGAUCCUUACAAGGCACCCCGACCUACGUCCACGAUAUCUCUGUCUCUUUCUCAUGCGAAUGACGGGGAUUUGGGCCGAAUGACGGGGAUUUGGGCCCCUUUUAAUAAAACAUAUUUGUCCAAUAUGAGGUGAGUAAUCGCUGUCCUGAUAUCCAGAAGCUAUUUUUGGUAGCAGAAACAUUAUGUACAGAAUAAAUUACAAAUAACGUGAAAAAACACACAUAAUUGUACAAUUGGUUAGAGGGCUGUAAAAUAUAAUUUAGUACACAGACCCGCGAGCCGCUGCGGCCCCUCAUGAGUUCUGAUUUGUUGUGGCCCCACCCCCAUCAAAGUUGCCCAUCCCAGUGCAAGAUGGUGAUGGGACUGAGAGAUCAGCCAAUGAAAAUCCAGUGGGAUUUUCCCGCUCCGAUCAAGUCUCUUUCUGAGGCGCUGUGAAACCAGACUGUUCGAAAAAGAAAGAGCUGGCAGUUGGACGAGAUUAGGUUCUAACUAAUGUAUGACUACAGAAUAGUAAUGUCUUAACUUUGUCAACCCUAACUCUGUCAACAUUUAAGAUUUUAUCAAUCUGUAUUGACUGGUCUUCCUCCCCCUCCAGGCAUACCACAUCACUAAUGACGAGCCUGUCCGGUUCUGGGACUUCAUGGCAGAUAUUCUAGUAGGUCUGGGCUACGCUGCUCCGCGCUACCACCUUCCCUACACACUAGUCUACGGGCUGGCUUUGCUGCUGUGGCUGCUGUCCCUGUUACUACGCCCCCUAGUGGCCUUCAAACCCACCUUCACCCCCAUGAGGGUGGCCCUGGCAGGUACACACCACUUCUACAGCUGCUCCAGAGCCAAGCAGGACAUGGGGUACAAGCCUGUGGUUAGUCUAAAGGACGGGAUCAGACGCACGGUGGAGAGCUAUCCUCAUCUACGACAUGGAGCAUGAUGGUAGCCUGGAAACCAAACUGAUAUGCUCUGUGAAACAAUGGUGAAAUGGAUCGUAUCAGCUUGGAUUCGAGGCUAGUGAUAUGGAGCCUCACGGCUGAAUCCUAACUUGAGAUCUAUGCACAUAACUUGGUCAUUUUAGUAAAAUCAUGCACUGAUGUCAAUGGGAUAAAAACAUUAAGCUGGGAGUUGUGUACAGUUCUCAGUACAGUUCUCAAGUUAAGAUUCAACCCCAAGGGGAUGGACUGUGUUUCAUUCUCUCACCAGUGUCUUAAGACUUGUUCGUUAGGUUAAAAAAAAGUUAUUUUCAAACUCACAUAUUUUUUGUCCCAUAAUACUAACUGGGGGAAUGAGCCUUUGAAAUGAGUGUGUUCUCUCAUAAUGUCUGUAGGCCUGUAUGAGGAUCUGUGAACACUCACCUUUUCUAGAACUUUCAGUACUCCAUUUUUGCCUGGCUUCAGUACCUGUCUUCACCAAUAGAGAGCAGCACACAUUUCUUCUCUAUGUGGAAUGUGAAUACACAAUCUAACAUGGAGAUGUUUCCAGCACUUCCUCUUGCCAUUAUUCACAAACACUAAUUUUGAUGUAUGAGUGAAACAUUUACUGUGACUGUUUUCCCUUUACAGCUAUCUUGUUUAUGUUCUCUUAUACAAAUCACAAGCAACCAUGCAGUUUGUUCACUUCAAAUAAAAUGUGUUAUACAUUCCUAAAUCUAAACA